GUUUUGAUUCCUUGAACCAUGGAACCAAAAAUUUUUAUACUUUUGGUCACGUCGAUUACAUUAUUUAAUACAAAAACUUUAUCUCACAAAUAUUUUUCUUCACCAAAACGUCAUUUUAUUUCAUCGACUUUUAAAUAUAAAUUUUUUAAUUUUAAUAAUAAUUUCUAUUUUAAACGUCAACUUAAAACUACAAUAAGCAAUGCGGAAAAUGCGAACAAAACUUUUGUAUAUCAACCAUCACAACAAUCUCCUUCCUCUUCCGAUACUGCUACACAACAUCAAACAUCGCAUGAAUCGCAUCAUCACAUUCACAAUAUUUCCGAAGUGUAUCCUGCAUACGAUGAUGAUUCUUUUACACAAAAAUCAUCCUCCCAUGAUAAACCAUCAUUAAUGAUAUUAAUAGGAUGGUGGAAUUGUAAACCAAAAUAUUUACAUAAAUAUAUUUCUCUAUAUACAAAUACUUUUCAUACUAAUACAUUAUCUCAUAUACCGCCAUUUUAUCAUGUAUUUUUUCCUUGGACAAUUCCUAGAGAUAUUAAUCGGUUAGCAAAAGAAUUAAUUAGCAUGUGGAUUGAACAAGGGAAACCGAAAAAUAUUGGAUUUCACGUAUUUAGUAAUAAUGGUACUUAUCAUUAUGCUAUGUUAUGUGAAGCUGUUAAAAGCUUAUCAAAAAAUUAUUUAGAAAAUGAUCAAAAGCAAAUAUCAUCUGGAACAAACAUAUCAAGUGAAGAUGCUGAAUCUUUUUUAAAUUCAAUAAAAUCUUGUGUAAUUGAUUCAGCUCCUUCUCCUAUUACAGAAAAAUAUCUUGCAUUGGGUAUAAUGGGAAGUUUUUUAAGACGCACACUAUUAAACCCUAGUAUUCCCAGUUCAAAUUCCCAAAACGAAGUAUCUAUGGUAAAACUUCCCUUUUUGGUUCCCGUAUUAUCAAUAUUCUUUACAUUACCUAUUGUUAAAAAAUAUCAAGAUUUUGCCCACAAAUCGUUAUAUAAUAUUCCUGGUGGUAUUCAUGAUGGUAGAGAUAUAAAGUAUUUAUUUUUAUAUGGACCUGGCGAUAAAAUUGUGCCUGAAAAAGACACAAUAGAAUUUAUAUCAAAAAUAAAGGAAAGAGAAAGUAAUUUUAUUAAUAUUGAAGGCAAAAAAGGCAUAUUGAAAAUUGUUGAAAAAAGAUUUGGGGCCGACAGUGAACAUGUACAACAUUUUCUAAGAUAUCCCGACGAAUAUAUUAUUAUUUUAAAAUCAUUUUAUAAUAUCGAAUAAGUAAAAAUUCCA